AUGAGAGGGCCAGCAAAAUGUGAUCAAUCAAUGGAGACGAAGUAUUUGUCCAAUUGUUUGCAAGGCUGGCUGUACGAUCUCCGAGAUUGGCGCUUCUUUGUUCUGCCGGUGGAGAUUCAGUGUAUCACUGCAAAUUCCUUACACCGGCAGUGUAUCAUAGCAAGUUCCUUACAGUAGCAAAUUCUGUGUUUUUUGUAUUUUUGUCGAUGCAAGCCUGUUCUUCGACUAUAAAAGGAACAGAUAUUUCUUUUGUUGUCAAGUCUAAUCCUUUUUUGAUGCAUUGCAGAUUGCUAUCAAACUCUCAAAAAGGAAAAUCAGCUUUAUUUUAAUUUGGCAAAGCUUGGAGGAUAUUUUUACAGCAUGAAGAUAAGAGGAUGGGAAGGGAUGAUCUUCAUGAGCCUCAGUGGUACUAUCAUAUUAUCAUAACUGCUGCAAAGUUCAUAUAAUGAUCCCUGUUUCAGACUCAGAUCAAAGGAACAAGCUGAUCAAUACAUUUCAGCCAUGGAAUACUGCGUCAAGAAAAACAAUCGAGUUGAGCAUACUGCGAUGUUUUGACAGGAGAUUCCGUUAGCUUUCAGACAAAGUAAUCCAGUAGAUAGGUCAACAGAUUUUCAAGGAACAACAAGCCUUCAAUGAACUCAGCCGUAACAAUUCUCUCAACACAUGCUCCACAGCACGACGCCGACGAGCAUCCGGAGAAAUCAUCUGCGUACAUCCUAAAGAUUGGUGAUGGAGAUGCUACCCAGUGCAUGUGUGGAUUCAUAGCCAUGGACAUUCCUCCUCCCUGUGGACCUAUCCGGAUCCUGGGUGAUAUAUUCAUGGGAGACUACCAUGCUGUAUUCGACUAUGGCAACAUGAAGGUUGGGUUCGCGAAGGCGGCAUAGGGUCCCCCAUGGUGGAUGGAUGAGCCGCAAAGCUGCCUAAUCUUCAGGUCGGUUUCGUCUUCGUCAAAGCAUGUAUGUGCAUAUGUUACAUGCUUAAUAAUAAUUAUGUGAUCUGGGAUAAUAAACAUGUCUGUUAUGAUUUGUCCAAUAUAAUGAAGCAGGCUUUCAUACUCAUUAUUUGCACAUAAGCAUGUUUCUCCUGAAUCCCAACUGAAAAACGUGUCUACAACGUGUUUUUGUUCAUAUCUGCUUAUUCACCUAAAAUCAUAUUUGGGGUAUCUCAGAAGACUCAAAUUAGAUCGGUGUAUUGAAACUGAAGGAUGGUCGAUUUGG